AUGGACGGCCGUGUGUGGAAGUCCUACCUGCGCACCGUCUUGCACGACCACAUCGAAGAAGCGUCAGUGAUCCUUGUCGACAACUUCGACUCGCACCCCCUUGACGUCGGCGUGAUGGCGCCCUUCAAGCGGUACCUAGGGAACCUGUGGUUGUAUGAAGACAUCUUCACAGGAGAAGACGAGGUUCCAUUUUCACUCACCGCCCGGCAGAAAAGGUUGGCGUUGAUCAAGAGAGCUGUCGCUGCUUGGGAGAUGGUGUCCACCGACGCUAUCCGUGGCAGCUUUGAAAAGGCACUUCCUCAGGAACCAAUGGAUUAA